AGCUUGGAAGCUUAGGGGAGCUGCUGUGGCCCAGGGCUCAGUGGGGAGGAAUAGGAGGCCAGGAGUCUUGGACUAGCUGCAGGGUUUGAACUAGGCUGAAGCAGCAGAACCACAGAGGUGGCUGAGCAGGGGUCUGGCCCUGGGGCCACCCAGCCACACUCACACACCCACUUCUCCCUCCAGAGCCCCGCCCUGAAGCAGGUCUCUGCUCCAGGCCUUUCCUUAGUUGGGGAAUCGAGAGUUGGGGGAUCAAAGUCCCCCACAUCUCCCUCCCCCGCUGCAGCUAUGUUUAUCAAGGUGAUGUUUGGGGCCGGCUGCUCCGUGCUGGUGAACACCUCUUGCAGGCUGGUGAACCUCACCGCCCACCUGAGGCAGAAAGCAGGGUUGCCCCCAGAUGCGACCAUUGCUCUCCUGGCUGAGGACGGCAACCUAGUGAGCCUGGAGGAGGACCUAAAGGAAGGGGCUGCAUGGACCCACACCAUGGGCAACUCCCUGCUGAAGGAGCGAGCCAUAUAUGUCCUCGUUCGAACCAUCAAGGGAGAGGACAUGGUCCCCACCCGCUAUGAGUCCCUACUGGAGAACCUGGAUGACCAUUACCCAGAGCUGGCAGAGGAACUGCGCAGGCUGUCAGGCCUCUCCUCUGCGGGCCACAACUGGAGGAAGCGCAUGGGCACCCGGCGUGGCCGCCGUGAGCAAAGCCCCACUUCAAGGCCCAGAAAGGGCCCUGAUUAAGGUGAUGGAUUGCACACUGUAGUGAGACAUCCAUCCUGACCCCACCUCAUCAGCCAGGGAGCUCCCUGAAGACAGGCCAUCGAGAGAGGCACACAACAGGCUGUGGUCUAAAAUAAACUUUUAAUUGCACA